AUGAGGGUCGCGUCAAUACCGACCAGCUUUCUGGCGAGCUCCAUCGCGUGGCUGCUGCUGGCGGCAGCCAUGCUUCCUUCGCUCGUUCACUCGGCCCCUCCCUCGUCAUCCGAUCAGGCAACACACGACGGUCUUCGCAAGCUCACCGCCGCCAACUUCACCCUCACCAAUCAGGGCGCCUGGCUCAUCGAGUUCUUCUCCCCUACUUGCAUUCACUGCAAGAGGUUUGGCGCCACCUGGUCAGAGCUGUCUCAGACCAAAGAUUCGCUCAGAACGCAGUACCCUCAGGCGCCCUUCACUCUUGCUCAGGUCGACUGCCUCGCUCAAUGGGAUCUUUGCAAGGAACAGGGCGUCACCUUCCUGCCACGCCUCACCAUCUACCAGGAUGGCAAGCAGAACGCCGAAGAAUACAAGGGCAACCGCAACUACCCGGAGAUCUCGGCUUACAUCGACAAGUUUGCAAAGGAAUACCGCGAAACCAAAGGUGUACCCGACGUUCCUGUCGUAGCUUCGACGACGGACAAUGCGAAAACGAUCGACUCCGCCUCAGCAGCCGUCACGUCGUCGCCGACCGCCUCUGCCGCAGCGUCAGAACCAAUGACGAGCCCAGCUAGCGAUGGCGUCGUAGCCGUGCCAUCAAGCUCCUCUGCCCCCGCUUCAACAUCUGCAACCUUGUCGUCGUCCGCCGCCUCAUCAGCCUCAGAAAUACCCUUGCCAUCGGGUCCCAAUCCCAAGGGCGAGCUCAUCAGGUACGGCUCGGCACCCAUUCAGACCAAAGAACAACUCGCAGAUUGGCUCGACGAAACUUCAGGUCAAGGUCCCACUUUCGUCAAGUUCUUCGCUCCCUGGUGUCCGCACUGCAAAGCAAUGGCUGCCGCUUUCAAGCAGCUAAGCGAGUCUCUGAAAGGCAGGGUCAACGUGGUCGAGGUCGACUGCGAAGCCAACCGCGCACUCUGCUCCACCUACCGUAUCACAGGAUACCCCGUCCUACGACUCUACGAUCAGGGCCACAUCAAGGAGUACACUGGAGGCAGGAACCACGACGCCAUGCUCAAGUGGGUCAUCAAAGGCGUCUCUAACUCGGGUCUCAAGACCAUUUCCACUACCACAGAGUUCGCCGACCUGGCCAAGGACAACGAGGUCAUGUUCCUCUACCUUCACUCCCCUGGAACGUCCUCCGAGGAGAAGCAGGCCGUCGUGGCAGCCAGCAACGUCCUCUUUGGCGGUCGAGCCCUCAUACUGUCCUCCUCCGAGCCAGCGUUGCUCGACCGCUACGCCAGCUCCUUGGCCCAAGACAGCUCCGCUACCGUCCCCUCCGCCUCUGGCUUGCUCGUCUUCAAAGACUUCUCGGUCGCACAACCUGUCUCUGUCCUCAAUCCUUCCAAGGUGCGCGCAACCGACGCUGCAUCUGAAAAGACCGUCUCUUUGGACCAUCUUCGCGCCAAGAUCACCCGCUUCUUCGCUCGCGAGCAGUACCCGCUCGUCACCGAGCUCACCGCCGCCAAUUUCGAAGAGGUAGUACGAAACAACGAAGACGCGCUUGUUGUGCUCGCCGCGCUGUCCGAUACGAACCACGGCCCGCAACGUAUUGACUCAGCUGAAGAAGGCACGGCUCUCAAGCAGGCCGAGCUCCAAGCUCUGCGCUCGACCGCGCUCGAAUGGCGCGAGCAGAGCGCUGCCACUUCCAGGAAACUCGUCGUCUUCGCCUGGAUCGAUGCUGAUCGUUGGAAGUCGCCUCUGCGCAAGCUCUACGGCAUCGAUGCCGCCAAAGUUCCCGCCGCCGUUCUGGUCGACGGCAACAACAUGCGCUACUACGACCUUCCGUACAGACCCAUGUCCGACGCCUCGGUGGCCUCCGCCCAGCGGUGGCUCACAGACGAAGUUCUCACCGGCAUCGACCACGCCAUCCAAGGUCGCUCGACGCCCAAAUCGUCCUCCGGUCUCCUCCAGAAGUCCGUGCAUGGCGCCGCUGAUUCUGCGGAAUCAUUCGUCCAAGCCUGCGUGAAGCAUCCCAUCAUCGCCUUCCUCUUUGUCACCCUGGUGGUGGGCGGACUGUUCUCGGUCUUGCGCCGAAGCUCGACCGGCGCCGCCUCCCUGCCGUUGUACUCCAAGGUUUCGACCGUCAAGGCUGACUGA